AACCAGGGAAGGAUCUUUAUGGUAUCUCAAGUCACUCACCAGCAUCAGAAUCUUGGGCAUUUGUGUAGUCUUCUACUGAUCCAGGAUCACACUAGCCAUGGGAAAAUCCAAGAAGAAAGAAGAGGCUGUCUUUCUGAGGAAGAAGAUCACACUCCUCAGGGCCUUUUCACUUCUCAUUGGGAGCAUGGUGGGGAGCGGCAUAUUCAUUUCUCCCAAGGGUGUCCUGAAAAACUCCGGCAAUGUGGGCCUCUCCUUAAUUGUCUGGUUUGCCUGUGGAAUUCUCUCUAUGUUUGGUGCUUUGAGUUAUGCAGAACUGGGCACGCGAAUCACCAAGUCUGGAGGCCAUUACAUUUAUAUCUUGGAGACUCUGGGUCCUCUGCCUGGGUUCCUGUUUCUAUGGGCUGAAUACUUUGCUAUAAGACCAGCCAACAGUGCCGUUGUUGCCUUAGCAUUUGGACGCUACAUCUUGGAACCAUUUUUUGCACCUUGUCCGGCUCCUCUCCUGGCAGUGAAGCUUGUUGCUCUCCUGGGCUACUACAUUGUCAUCAUCUUAAAUUCUUGGAGUGUCAGCUGGAGUGCCCGGCUUCAGACCAUCUUGUCCAUCAUCAAGUUGGCAGCACUCUCUCUCAUCAUUGUCCCAGGCAUGAUGCUUUUAGCUCAAGGCUGCACAGGAAACUUCCAGGAUGCUUUCAAUGCCCAAGCACUCGUUUUGGACAAACUGCCUUUAGCUUUUUAUGCAGGAAUGUUCGCCUACUCUGGAUGGUUUCAGACUAGUUUUGUACGAGAAGAACUAGUGAAGCCAGAACGAAAUAUCCCUCUGGCUGUGAUUGUGUCUGUGAUCACAGUGAUCGUGGGAUAUAUGCUCACCAAUGUUUCCUAUUACACAGUACUGACAGCAGCAGAUGUCCUUGUCUCCCAGGCAGUGGCUGUGAGUUUUGCACGGAAAGCUUUCCAGAGCCUUAUCUCUGUGAUUCCAAUCUUGGUUUCCUUGUCUUGUUUUGGAACCAUGAAUGGAGGAAUUUUUACAUUUUCAAGGACAUUGUUUGUGGCUUCCAGGGAGGGGCAAUGGCCCACUCUCUUCUCUAUGAUCCAUAUCCGACGCCAUACCCCACUGCCAGCUGUCAUGUUAAUGUUCCCUUUGGUCACAGCCAUGAUUUGUGUAGGAGACCUUUACCACCUGUUGAACUUCUUCAGCUUUUCCCGGUGGCUCUUCAUAGGAUUAGCCACCCUUGGGCUUAUAGUUCAUCGCUGCCGCCAUCCUGAGAUAUUAAGCCCAUUCAAGGUUCCUCUUUUCAUUCCUGUUUCCUUCACUAUCAUCUGCCUUUUCACGGUGGGAAUGUCUUUCUACUCAGACCCAGUUAAUAUCAGCAUUGGAUGUGCCAUCGUUUUAAGUGGACUUCCAGUUUACUAUUUGCUCAUCAAACAGUCAAUGCCAAAUUGUUGCCGUACAACUUUCUAUUAUCUUACACUGAAGCUUCAGAUCCUCUUGAAGGUGGUACAGCAGGAGAUCAGGACAUACUGAGCAGUCUUUAUUUUGAAAUGUUGACUUUGGGGAGCCUUCUGUACAAGCUUGUGUUUCCUAUCACACUUAGAGUAGCUUUGCAUGACUGCUUCCAGUUUGGGGUUUUACCACCAUAUGGAAAGUUCACCAGAGAUCAAAGGCACAGGGAAGCUUGCCCUGAUUCUUGCUUACUAUUUGAUUGUUUUACAAAUGUAGUCUAUGCUGCUGUUGGUAUUAUCCUCAUCUGCAAUGCAGAUAGACUUAGGUGCAACCAAUAAAGCUGAUGCAGUUGCAUCUGCAUACAUACUCUAUUUCUAAGUAAAGCUUAGGUAGAAAUACAUUAUUUGUAGAUUUUGAAAUAACACCAUAAAUUUGUUAUAGUCAUAGUAUAUUUUGAAAUAACACCAUAAUUUUGUUAUAGUCAUAGUAUAUUUUGAUGAGCAUUUCUGGGUUAAAGAGAAUUUUGGAUGCUUUUCAGCCUAUACUUUAUGAAAGACAAAUCAAUUUUUCAAAGGUUUUCAAAGGUAUGAUUCAAGAUCUUUUACACUAGACUAGUGUUAUAAUGGGUUUCCUGCCCACCAGGGUGCUGUGCUGAAUCACCAUUGACAUUCCUUCUGACUUUGAUCCUGAACAUUUGGAAUUCAGUUUUAACAGGAUUUUUUCAACCACAAUGACACCCCACUUUCAGUUACUGUUACUGGCACUUCAGCAAGCGUUAGUAACUAAGUGUUAGUGACUUAAGUGUUAAUUUCUAACAUUUCAGUGCCAUCACAUCAGUUGGAAGAAAACUACUGUUCUCUACCCUAACAAAGGAAUAGUGAUCUCUACACAGUUGCAGUGGUUAGGAUCUAGCCAUAAUAAUAGUAAUAGUAAUAGUAAUAAUAAUAAUAAUAAUAAUAUAGCAGGGCUAUGGUCUCAUAUGCGUUGCAGCAUUUACAUGAUACUUUGCUGAAAACAGUGGGACUCCCUUCUUUGAAUAUCAUGUUUAAGAUUGAUCUGUCGGAAUGAAAUGCAUGUCUUUGUAAGAUGGAGAGCAGAGCAUGUUGUAAAUGUUUUGUACAUUAAAUGGCAGCAAUGCUAAUUCUUUUCAGUCCAUGUCUGUUUCACAUGUGCUGGUUCAUAAAUCUGUAUUAUUUCUGCCUUAAUCUGUACUAUUUCUGCCUUAAUCUGUAUGUUUUUGAAAAAAAAGUAGAAAAAUAUAUCCAUUUUAUAUGCAUUUUAUCAUAUAAUAUACGUUUUGCUGUAAACUGUCCAAAUUUGUUUGUUUGAACUGAAAAAUAUGGUAUAACAUUU